UGCUGGGCGCUUUCAACUCCGACAGGACAACCCGUGAGGGGGGAGCGAGUCGACGAAGUCAUCAAAAAUAGGAAUAAGUAACGGAAAAUCUCGUUGAAUAGUCCACCAAGCUUUUCGAGUUUAAUCGGGCACUGACUUCUUCCAUUGGACCAGCUGGCGUUGGACCUUCCCCCUACACGGAGACAAUACCCAGAGGGUGUUAGAUAUACUCCCUCCCCCUUAUUGUUUGCCCCCAUAAGCAUCCUAGAUUCAUACACGUACACACAUUCUCUCUCACAAACACAAUACACUUGCAAAAGCUAUGGCAUGAUUAACUCCGUAGAGGCCAUGAAGGGUUUACGUGACUUUUCGUGACCGGUACUGUGGAGGACCCUCGAGAAACAAACAGUCGGGUUCCUUCUAGCUCUCCCGGUUCCUGAAGCUUUGGAGGAGCUCGACAAAGCUCGGUAGAUCGAAUCAUGAAAACGCCAGAGGACCACUGGGAGUUUCUAUUCAGAUAUUAAUAGCCUGAAAGACUUGAAGCUAGCAAAGUGAAUCAAACCCAGUAGUCGGUGAGAACGUCGGUUGUAGGAGGAUAAAUGAAAUCCCUCCUUGACCGGUUCAUCAAACACACGUGUAGUGCCUUUAUCGAGCUGAUGUUUACACCAUAUCUGAUGCACGAUCCUUGUUUUUUUUUGGCAUGCUGAUAUAAAAGCCUGAAGUAUACAAAGGAAUGCAUCCACCGUAGAGUCUAGUUCCUCACACAUAUCAAACCCGAACUCAGCUAAACAGCUCUUCUGACUCUCAGACACGGUGUACGGAUUCUGUUGCUCGCUUCCGUCGCCAUGUUCUCGCUGCAGUCCAAAUGGCGCUAUCUGAUCAUGCUUUUGGGCGUCCAGUUGGUCGUCAUGGCAAUUCUCUCAAGAGAGAGCUACCAGAAACGGGUGUCAUAUUUUUUCCGUAUUUUUCGUAAGCCCGAUUCUGCAGCGGGAAAUGCUGAUGGACGAAACCAGACGGAUGUCUAUGCUAACCUCUCUUUUUUGGGACCCACUCUGAAUAAAGACGACAUGCCCUACUGCCCUAAAAAGUCACCUUUGAUUGGUGGACCAAUCCAUGUCACUUUCCCUUCCAAACUGACGCUCGCCGAGGUGGAGAGGAAGAAUCCCCUUGUGAUCCGUGGGGGGCGCUACAGGCCUCCGAACUGUGAUGCCAGGCACCGUACUGCCAUUAUCAUUCCCCACAGGAACAGAGAACACCACCUCAAGUUCCUGCUCUACUACCUGCAUCCCUUCCUUCAGCGUCAACAGCUCAAUUACGGCAUCUAUGUCAUUCACCAGGCCGGGAAUUACACCUUUAACCGAGCAAAGCUGAUGAACGUGGGUUUUCGGGAGGCAAUGAGAGAAGAAGAUUGGGAUUGCAUUUUCUACCACGACGUGGACCUCAUUCCAGAGGAUGACCGCAACACCUACGUCUGCGACAACCACCCUAAACACGCCGCUAUUGCCAUGGACAAAUUUGGCUACAAGUUGCCUUACAAGAUGUAUUUUGGAGGCGUAUCAGCGCUGACUCCCAAUCAGUACCUGAAGAUGAACGGUUUCCCAAACAAUUACUGGGGCUGGGGCGGCGAGGACGACGACAUUGGAAUCCGCGUAUCACUUGGAGGAAUGCUGAUCAGUCGUCCAUCUCUAAAAGUGGGCCGAUAUAAGAUGAUCAAACACAAACAUGACAAAGGGAAUGAAGUGAAUCCUAAAAGGUUUAACAUGUUGGCAAAGACCCGGCAUACGUGGAGAGAUGACGGCAUGAAUACAGUGGAGUACGAGAUCAUGUCUCGGGACUAUCAAUUACUUUACACCAACAUCACCGUCAACAUCGGCACGGAGGCGGGCCUACAUCCACCAAAAAGAACUACUACUUAAUAUCCCAUAGACCCGAGUCCUAACGGCAAUGUUUCUGCACUGCCUGCAGAACCCUUUCCCCACUUGCACAGUGAAUUCUCCACUUGCCAGUGAAUCAAACAGGAUCUCAUGCCUUUAAACGCACUACAGACCCUCCCGUUUCCUUAACGACGGUGGUGCCACGAUAGCGAUCUCCCUUUCUCUUGCCAUCUCCAAAGUUUGACUUUUCUCUCACUGGUUCACUUUAUCAGUCAGGGUCUUGCAGCCCUCUUUCUCAGCCGCUCAUGCUGGGCCGAUGCGUUCCUGACAGACAGACUUUUCAUACAUGCUGUGCCCGAGGGCACCGCUAUAAACCUCUGUUGCCUUAGAAUCAAGCUGCACUCUCUUUUUACAUUUCUUUCAUGAUGAUUGAAGCGUAGGUUCGGCUGCCCUUCGGGUAGGACCAGCACAUAGAGAAGGUUUUCUGCUUUGUGUCAGAAAUGAAGCAGGCGGAUGUACUGCAUAAGCAACAUUGUUUGCUGCACUACUCUGUGAGUGUCUGCUGCAUUUUUCUGUGAGUACCCUAAUACCCUUGACAUGUAAUGUAAUGUUUUUCAGGUGGGUGGAGGUAUAGGAUGUUUAUCUUCCAUUUCGAGCGAAUCGAUCACAACUGGUCUUAUUUUUUUGUAACAACCACUUUACAUACAUUUUCGUUUUAAUUUUGCGUCUCAAGUUGUCAUGAUUGCCUUUGGUACUCUUAGUAACACCACUGGCUUUAUAAUCGUAGGGCUGCCUCUCGCUUUCACGAGUUAUUCAUAGUAUUUUAUCUGCAUGUUUUUUUUUUAUUUGAUUUACUGGAUUUUUGUGUUGUGGUUUGGCUCUGUUAGAGAUAGGCGUGUCAAAUAUAUCUGUCUUUUCACAUGGUUAGUGACCGUGUCAUGUCAGUUUAGAACGCAUUGUGACGGUGUGUCAAUUUAGUUGACUUUAUAAAGAUCACAAGCUUUAGUCCUUAAAGCUUUUGCAACCAUCUCACAUGUUUGCAGAACACGCCUAAUUACACAAACAUUUUAAUUGAAUACGUGUUUAACAAGUUUCAGGUUUCCAGCUAAAUUGGUCAGCAAAGCACUUUAGCCAAAAGCUUUUCACAUAUUUCAGCUGCUUGAUUAAUGGAUGAAUAUCACGAAACCUGGCAUUUUUAACCAUACAAUUAAAACCAAUUAUGUUUAUCAGAAAUUAGACAAUUUAAGAAAAUAAAGCCUGUUUGAUGACUAUUAUGGAUAAGGGAGUGUAGGACUAUUGCGCCUCAUUUUCAUUACCGUCAUAAAAAGAUAUUUGGUUCUAGACACAUAGUAGUGAGAAGUUCAGGGGCCAAAAUCGAAAUGUGGUGAAUUAUGUCCUAGACACAUUUUUCUGCUCCAUGUGAUUGAAAAUUUGCGAAAGACCACUGACCUGACACAAUGACAUUUCAUUGUUGUACAUUUUUAUUUUUGUACAUUUUCAUGUUUCGAUUCAGGUGUAAAAUUGAGGUGUUUUGCUCCGAUUGCUUAGAACUAGACUGAAAUAUGGCCUUCACAGGUUCUCCUUUACCUAUGUUUGACAUGCCUUGUUUCAUCUCUAAAUGUCGUUUGCUUUGGGAUGGUCCAGUGUCUGGAUGCUGGAUGCUUUUGAGCAUCACGUCGAGUGAGUGAACAAAUUCGUAUGUGCAUAUCAAAUGUGUGUGUGAUGUUUGCGAGAGAGAACUCGAUUAUCAUAUCAAGUUGGUAGUUACGUAUGCUGCUGCUCUCCGAAUAGGACGGAAGGAAUUGUUGGAUGCAUUUUGUAUGCUGUUGGGAACUUCUCAUCUACAAUGUUUUGGUGUUGGAUUGUUAAAAAAAAAUAUUGGAUGUUGUGAAGGCAGAGAUACCAAAAAAUUGUUUUUGUGGAAAGCAUGUUUUAUUUUUAACAGUAAUAGUCUUUUCUUUUGUUAAUGGUAAAUGUAAUUUAAUCUGGUCCAUUAAUCAGUAAUGAGUGUUUCCAUGAUGCAUAUUCUUUUGUAUCACAUUGAAUACCUAUAUUUGAUAAUUACUCAGAUCACUCUUAUGAAUUCAUAUGAGAUACUUUAGAAUUUAAGAAAGGUCGGGUUGGAGUGAUAUGAAUAGGUCAGAGGCGUGCACUUCUCAGGUGGGGUGUGAUGAAUCAGGUGUGUGUCUAAAUGUGCCUUAAUGGGCUUCAAUAAUCUAGAAAUUGAGUUCUUCGAGGGAAGUGAUUCUAAUCCAGGGCAUUUGUUUCUAUUGUUCGCAAUGUCUGCACACAACAAAGUGGCCUUAAAAUGAUUUAAUAAAACAAUGUUAAUGUAUAAAGUGAA